ACAAAAAGGGAACCAUCGUACAGUUUAGCGGGUCUUCUCGUGCUCUCUGGAGAUGUUUUACGACAUCUACCUCUUCACCUUCAAACGAAUUCUUAUUACGUUCUGCAACUGAUCGCUUGCUUCAUUUCAGUUUCUAAUAUAACUGUUUUGUUUGUUUGGGUUUCACGGUUUUUCUUCUUCUUCUCCCGUGCUGUUGAAGAUGGAGAUAGCUUAUACAAAUUCUUUAAGCGAGGAAGAAAAACUGGAAGAAUCAAAUGAAGGAUUUCAGAGAAGUGGAGUGUUUGCAGAGCUCAAACCAUAUUGCUUGGAGCUGCUACAGCUUCUCCAACAGCCCAAGAAACAUUCUUCCUCAAUACAUUCAAUGUUCAAGUUGCUUCGAAAAACACCCACCACUUCUCUGCAACCUUGCUUUGAUUAUGCACUGUUCCCGCUACUGCUGCUAUUGGAUGCAGCUGUUGUGGAUAGAUCUCAGCAGAAGGUUGAUUCUGGAGAUACCAUUAUGAUGUCUGUUACUCAUGGUCUGCCUCAUAGAGUGAGUGACGGUGUGGCAGAAGGUGUGCUUCAGUGUCUUGAAGAACUUCUGAAGAAGUGCCAUUUAGGAUCUGUGGAGCAGAUGGUUGUAGUGCUGAAAAAGUUAACAUGUGGAGCUCUGUUAUCUCCCCUUGAGGCAUCAGAAGAAUUCCGUGAAGGAGUUAUCAAGUGUUUCAAGGCAAUCUUUAUGAAUUUAUACCCGUGCUCAGAUGAUGCAUGCUCGUGUAAACAAAUAUCUUGUUCUCCAGCACUUGCAGAAAACAGAGAAUUUCAAGGUCAUCUUGAUUUGCGUUCAGAAGAGUCGAAGCCAAAUGAAUGCUUGCUUGAAUUUCUCCGGAGUGAAACUGCUUCAGCUGCUGUUGGACACUGGCUGUCACUUCUUCUCAGAGCUGCAGAUAUUGAGGCUGCACGAGGACAUCAUGGAAGUUCCAAACUUCGUAUUGAAGCCUUUAUGACCCUUCGUGUACUUGUAGCAAAGGUUGGAACAGCUGAUGCAUUGGCCUUCUUCUUGCCUGGUGUUGUCAGUCAAUUUUCUAAAGUUUUGCGGACCUCUAAAACAUCGUUAAGUGGGGCUGCUGGGAAUACAGAAGCCACAAACCAAGCAAUUAGGGGCUUGGCUGAAUAUCUAAUGAUAGUCCUCGAGGAUGAUGCUAAUAAAUCUAGCCUUGUUAUGUUUAUGGAUUUUGAAUCUGAAAUUAUUAUGGAGAAGGGUAAAAAGGCACAAUAUAUUCUUGAGGAACUCCGUCAAUUGCCUGAUAAAGUCCGAGGUGGGAGUAUAGAGGUAGAAGAAUCUUCAUCUUCUGAGGUGGUGAAGAAAACUACUUAUGAAUCUGGUUCAAAGGAGAAGAUGAGUGCUGACUAUCUCAAGGGGAACAAAUCUUUUCAUGUGGAUCGUACGAAGGAAUGGGUUGCAGAAACUUCAACACGUGUGGAUAAACUAUUAAGUGCAACAUUUCCAUCUAUUUGUACGCAUCUGGUAAAAAAGGUUAGACUGGGCAUCCUGGCUGCCAUAAAAGGACUACUGUCAAGGUGCAGCUGUACACUAACGAAGAGUAGAUUGAUGCUUUUGGAGUGCCUGUGUGCUUUGGCUAUUGAUGAAUCUGAGGAUGUUUCAUUCACUGCACAGGAGUUCCUUGAAUAUUUAUUCUGGAUAACUGGAAACCAUGAAUUGCAGCAUGAGAUUGCCAAAAUUUUUGUGAGGUUGGUUGAAAAGCUUCCAAAUGUGGUUCUUGGAAGUGAUGAGAAGUUUGCUCUAUCACAUGCACGACAGUUACUUGUAGUGGGAUAUUAUUCUGGGCCUCAGCUCAUUAUAGAUCAUUUUAUCCACUCUCCAGUAACUGCAGUUCGCUUUCUAGAUGUAUUUGCUGUUUGUCUAAAUCAAAAUUCAGUUUACGCCAGUUCUAUUGGAAAAUUUCUUUCAGCAAGGCCAUCAUCUCUAGGAUAUCUGCACUCUCUUACUGAGUUAAAAGUUGGAACUAAUUUCAUCAGUGAUUGCCUUUCCAUCAUGAAUACUGCCUCACCUGCAGUUUCAGAGCUCACAAUGGUUCAGGAGAAAGGUAUACAGCAAUGUGAUCAUGUGCUUCCUCGCAUGCCCCCAUGGUUUAAUGGUGUUGGCAGUCAGAAACUUUAUGAAGCUCUUGGAGGAGUUCUCCGACUUGUUGGUUUGUCUGUGGCAUCAGAUAGCAAAGGUGAAGGUAGUUUGUCGGUUACCAUUGAUAUCCCAUUGGGAAACUUGCAAAAACUGGUUUCUGAGCUUCGUAAGAAAGAAUACAGUGAAGAAAACUGGGAAGAUUGGUACAGGAGGACUGGUUCAGGACUGUUAGUGCGCCAGGCAAGCACUGCUGUAUGUAUUCUGAAUGAGAUGAUAUUUGGUGUUUCAGAAUAUUCAGUAGAUUACUUCUCAAGUACGUUUCAGAGAGCAAGAAUGCACAGGAAGGUUACCAAUGACUAUGAAUGUGCCCCAGCCAAUGAAGCUAGAUGGAAAAUUUCCCUGGAAAAAGUUAGAUCACAGUUAAUUGAUUGUAUUGGUAGAAUCUUGCAUGAAUACCUAUCUCCUGAGAUAUGGGACCUUCCUAUACAACAUAAAUCUUCCCCGAUGCAUCCUGUUGGUGAAGAAGACAUUAGCUUACAUUUCUUCAGAGACACUGCUAUGCUGCAUCAGGUUAUAAUUGAAGGAAUAGGUAUUUUUAGUAUGUGCCUUGGAAAAGAUUUUUCUUCUUCUGGAUUUCUUCAUUCAUCACUUUAUUUGCUGCUUGAGAAUCUUAUUUCCUCAAAUGUGGAAGUUAGAAGCACCUCCGAUGCUGUCUUACAUGUUCUUUCUUCUUCAUCUGGUUACCCAACGGUUCGAAACUUGGUUUUGGAAAAUGCAGAUUAUGUGAUUGAUUCAAUAUGUAGGCAGUUACGUCAUUUGGAUCUCAAUCCGCAUGUGCCAAAUGUUCUUGCUGCUAUCCUUUCCUAUAUUGGAAUAGCUCAUGAGAUUUUGCCUCUGUUGGAAGAACCUAUGCAUACAGUAUCAUCGGAACUUGAGAUUCUUGGAAGACAUCAGCACCCCAAUCUAACUGGUCCCUUCUUAAAGGCAGUAGCAGAGAUUGCCAGAGUAUCAAAGCAUGAAUCUAAUUCCCUGCCUAGUAAAGCAGCAUCAUAUAUUAAUCAUGUCAAGUCUUUAAUCUCUAAUGAAGGAAAGCAGGCAGAAUUCAAACUUGGAGGAGUAUCAAGAUCCUGUUAUGAUGAUGACAUAAAUAUAUCUUCACUGGAAUCAGAGUGGGAAAAUAUUUUGUUCAAGUUCAAUGAUUCCAGAAGAUAUAGACGAACAGUUGGAUCAAUUGCUGGUUCGUGCAUUGUGACUGCUAUACCUCUCCUAGCUUCACAGAAUCAAGCAACAUGCUUGGUGGCCUUGGAUAUUGUCGAGUAUGGCGUUGUUGCAUUGGCAAAAGUCGAAGAAGCCUAUAAGCACGAGAAUGAUAUCAAGGAAGCAAUUGAGGAAACAUUGCACUCACAUUCCUUUUAUCGACUUCUGGACACUUUGGAUACUUCUGAGGGGUCGGAUGAGAAUAGGUUGCUUCCCGCUAUGAAUAAAAUAUGGCCCUUUUUGGUUGCUUGCAUUCAGAACAAAAAUCCAGUGGCUGCACGAAGAUGUUUAAAUGUGAUAAGCAGUUCAGUACAAAUCUGUGGAGGAGAUUUCUUCACACGACGUUUCCACACAGAUGGAUCUCAUUUUUGGAAGCUUCUGACUACUCCAUUUCUAAGGAAACAAAACAUGAGAGAAGAGAAGGCAGUACUACAACUUCCCUAUCGAAAAGCAUCUAUAUCAUCAGAGGACUCGGUUGCUGAAAGUUCCAAUUUGAAAGUUCAGGUCGCACUGCUCAAUAUGAUUGCUGAUCUAUCUAGAAACAGAAGAAGUGCAUCGGCAUUGGAAGUAGUUCUGAAGAAGGUCAGUGGCAUAGUAGCAGGUGUAGCCUUUACUGGUGUUGUGGGGCUUAGGGAAGCAUCUUUGAAUGCGCUUGGAGGUCUUGCAUCUAUGGAUCCCGACCUUAUUUGGCUUCUCGUCGCUGAUGUAUACUACUCCAUGAAGAAGGACAUGCCUUCACCGCCCACAUCAGAAUUUCCCGAGGUAUCUCGACUUCUUCCAUCGCCUUUAUCUCCGAAAGGGUAUCUUUAUGUGCUUUAUGGGGGUCAAAGUUUUGGUUUUGACAUAGAAGUAUCGUCUGUAGAAAUUGUAUUUAAGAAAUUGCAAUCCAACAUUUUUACGUGUUAAUACGAUUGUUAAUACGAUUCCAAGUAUUUAUAACACAGGGGUAUAUGAGUAUAUUUACUUUAUUUC